AUGUUUUCCACUGUUUUUUGAUCGUCGUUCACGAGCCAGUACCGAUAUCACACCACAUCAGGGCCAGAAGGGUUCCUGCAAGCCGUGAUUGCCGAUGGCCUACCAGUCUUGAAGCAAAUGGGUUGAGGUGCGCAUGAAUAGGUAGGUAUCUUAUGUAGCACCACACUCAUAUUCUCAACAUCUCAACCCCCCACACACCAGCCUUCUUUUGAAGUCCCAAACCAACUACUUCACAGAGGCCGUCUGUGUUCUUUUUUUACCGUCUCUUGGCCGGAACCAUUGUGGCCCCUCCCGCACACGAUUCAGCUCCUCUCACUCACGCCAUGACUCUACUAACCAGAUUACAAACGGCCUUGUUGGCCUUGACUGCGGCUUCUGCUAUUGCUGAGCCUAUUGUGGCCAUUGCCAAGAACAAGAUCACCUACAGAGGCACCACAUCGGGAUCCAUCGAGCAUUUUCAGAACAUCAAGUAUGCUCACGAUACCUCUGGUCAUCGUCGGUUUGCACCCCCUCAGCCAUACGUGCCCCCUGAAGGCAGCGAGAUGGACGCUUCAGCGCCGGGGCCGGCUUGCCCUCAGAACAGAGCAGGUGUCCCCCCCUUCUUUGCGGAUACACCGGACAUCAGUGAGGACUGCCUCAGCCUUCGCAUUUCCAGACCAGCUGGCACAACAGCAGACGACAAGCUACCUGUCGUGGUACAUCUUCAUGGCGGCGGCGUAGUCAAGGGGUCUGCAUACGACCCUCACUACAAUCCCGAAAACUUGCUUACGCUGGCUACAUCUCUCAAGAAGCCCGUCAUCUAUGUGGCUCUCAACUACCGCAUUCUCAUCUUUGGCUUUGCUCGUCUGCCCAUUCUUAAAGACCAAAAAUCGAUGAACGUGGGCAUGCGAGAUCAGCUGGCUGGUUUCCAAUGGGUUAAGGACAACAUUGCAGCAUUUGGAGGCGAUCCCGACAAGAUUACCUCUUUUGGACUCAGCGCUGGAGGCACAUUCACUUCGCUUCUUCUGACCUCCUAUAGAGGAGAAAGAGGCGUCCCGUUCACCCAAGCUUGGUGCAUGUCUGGUCCUCCCGGCACGGGACUCAACAUGACAAGUGAUGUCACUGAAUUGCACACUCGAGAAGUGGCAAAGACUCUGGGGUGCACCAGCACCGAUGACUCGGAGUUACUGCAGUGUUUGAGAGGAGUUCCAUUGGAGAAGUUGACGGAGAAGGCCGCGGAGUAUGCGUCCGCCAAUCAUCCUCCUCUCGGACUGUUCACAUUCAUUCCUUCUGUUGACGAUGAUUUGAUCCCGGAUCGUCAGACUACAUUAUACAAAUCUGGGAAGUUUGUUAAGGGAAUUCCAUUGGUGUAUGGUUGGGCUCAGGAUGACGGCGCCUUGAGUACCGCUCCCGCGCCUACCUAUCAGACUGAGGAUGACAUGAAAGCCACCAUCCAAGGAGUGGCGCAUGCCUUGACCGAUGAAGACUAUAAGAAGCUGUUCUCACUCUACCCAGAAGCUGACUUUGCGGAGGAGGUUUCCGACUAUGAGGCCCGCAAGGCUGAGUCUGAUCCUACGGUUGGAGUGCAUUACUUCCGAGUCGCCCGGAUCCUGAGGGACCUGCAGUUCACUUGUUCCAGCAUCGACUUUGGUAGCGACAUGCUCAAGGAAAGCAAGCGGUUGGACCCGGAAUACCCUGGGGUUCAUCUGUACUCACUCAACCAGACCAUGUUGGCACCAAUGUUUGCUGGCGCAGGCAUGCCGUACAUUGGUGCCACGCAUGGGAGCGACUUGAACUAUCUCUUCAAUCUCUUUCCCGAAGGGAAGAUCACAGAUGAGGACCAAAAGUUGUCGAGGGCGUUUAUUGGCAGCUUCAUCAACUUUGCAUACACUGGCAAGCCAUCACCGGCCGAGCCCGAGCAGCAGGUAGAAGAAACGCUUGGUCGAUGGCCAGAGGCAUUUCCUGUCCAUGGACCUGAAAGCGUGAGUCUUUUGGUCAUUGGUGGACCUUGGGGAACAGGAAAUACUCGCCUGACCGCUCACAAGGAACAGAGAGAUGGAAAUCUAAAGCAGAUGCCUAUCGAUGGGGGCAACAUUCAGGUUGGGGAGAUGAGGGUCAGGUCUUGCAAGGAGAGGAAGAGACAGCUGAAGAGGGAGAAACUGUUUGAGAGGUGCCGCUACAUCAACUCGCUAUCGGAGAAGCUUGGUAACUAAAAUCAUGGAAGGUUGGGGGUUAGAUGCCUUUCACACUGAGAUAGGUUGACUAUCUGUAAUGACGGGGUCUAACACUGCGAAUGGAAGUAUCUAGGAGGUUGACAUUUCAAUUUCACUUUGAUCAAACCGGCACAAAAGUCGAACUACAUUGAUUGGGGCUGUCAACCACAUGGAAAAGGCCCUUGAAUCCUUGAGUUUCUUCAAGACUUCUAUCACAAGUUAGAGGUAGCCAUGAAAUCCACAGCUUGCUUACUAGCCUGGCUAUCUUGGUAACCCAUUGCUUCAACCACAACUGCCGGGUCAUCAUCCGGGGACUCUGCAUUUGGAAAGCUGUCACGCGACAUCUGCUCAAGCAUGCACAAACCCCUCUCGGAGACGCCGGUUGGUAUCGAUCGAAUACAUCAAGUAUUUUAAAGAUAUACAACGUUUCGUCUUGGAA